AUGGUAUCUCUUGAAACAGCUCAACAAUUCCAUACCACUUUCCUUGUUGCUCAAGAAGAAAUUCUCUCAUUACUAAAAGAUCCUCCUGUCAGUGAGAACGAUGGGAAAGUACAAAUCAAGUUUAAAGAGAUUAAGAAAGAAUAUGAAAUGAUUCGUGAAGUUUUACCAAAUUAUGAUAAGAGAAAAUACGAUUUACAAAUCUCUCAAUUCGAAAGUCGUCUAAAAGAAGUUGGAGAUAAACCCAUACGAUCUAAAUUUACUUUCAAACCUAAGAUAACAUCCGAUUCUCAUUCCUCGACUAUCCUAACUACACAAGAUUCUUCUUCUUUAAAGACAUCUGAUUCCAUCCCUGAUCCAAAUUCGAUCGUCCUUGCCCCUGCUCCUCUGGUUGGUGCUUCAGAAUCCGAGAGUACUCGUAAUUUACUCCAUAUUCUCCCUUCUGACCUUCCUGAGAUUUCCGACCGACCUGUCAUAUCAAACUCUCCCCAAGUUUCUGUUCCUAUCGCAGCCACAGGUGGACCUCCAGAAACAUCCCAGCUGUAUGUACUUGGCUCUACAUUGAACCAAUCUGGGACUUCGAUAUCCUUAACUGAUAAUACCGGAAGUGAUAUAUCUAAAGGAUAUCUCACACUCUCUGAAUUGUCAACAAAAGGGGGUGCCAUAUCCCUCUCCGACUUACAAAACACCAUUAUCGACUUACGUCCUCAUUCACAAGAAAACCCCCAAUCAGGACACUCGAUACUGAGACUGGAAGACGACACGAACCUAGAUGAUAUAGCUACAUCCGAAAGAUUGAUGGAAGAUUGGACAAUGGAAGACAAGUUAUAUCCUACUGUGCUCCAUCUCAAAAACUUGAGAAAAUGUGUGAUAUUGGCCGAAGUGAGAGGAAGUGUUUUGUUAUCCGAUUUGGUCGAUUGUUUAGUUAUAUCAAAAGCUCAUCAAGUACGUCUUCUAUCCCCACUCCACUCCCCAUUCCCAUCUCCAUUACCCAUGGAGUAUCGAGUUCUCGAAUUUUUAAUAGCGUGA